UCCGCCGCCAUCCUGUCCAAAACAGGACAGAAUUGUCACUGUUCAAUAUUCUCACCAAAGAUUAGCUUGGAAGUACAGGGGAAGAAUACAUACCAUCAUGUCGCAAGCAGCAGCGACUCGGAACGAAUUUCAGGAUGAUCCGGAUCACCACGGAAGCGAUGAUGCUGACAAGAAGAAGAAUAGAAGGCCAGCAAAUACUGCUUUCCGCCAGCAACGUCUCAGAGCAUGGCAACCAAUUCUUACACCCAGAUCAGUUCUCCCCAUUUUCUUCGUGAUUGGAGCCAUCUUUGCGCCCCUCGGAGGUGUGUUAUUAUGGGCUAGUGAGCAGGUCCAAGAAAUCAUCAUCGACUAUACAGACUGUGACACCCUUGCGCCUAUAUCGAGCACUGCAGCCCUUCCAGCAGGUAGAGUGAGCAGCUCAUUCAAAUCAUCGGCGCAGACUUCCGUUACCACCUGGCAGCGCAAUGAGACAGAUACGGCGACGAAGACAACUGGUUGCUCCUUGUUUUUCGACAUUCCCGAACCACUUGGACCCCCGGUAUUCCUAUAUUACAAAUUGACGGAUUUCUAUCAAAACCACAGAAAAUACGUGCAGUCGCUCGAUACCGAUCAGUUGAAGGGCGUAGCAGUCGAUAAUUCCACUAUUCACGGCAGCACUUGCGAUCCUUUGACUACAGAUUCGGCAACUGGUAAAGCGUACUAUCCUUGUGGCUUGAUCGCAAACUCGAUAUUCAAUGAUACCAUUUCCAGCCCGGUGUUGGUAAAUGAGGAAACCUACGAUAUGACAGACAGAGGCAUCGCCUGGUCUAGUGAUAAGAAGAUCAUCAAGACUACCAAGUAUGAACCUUGGCAGGUCGUUCCACCUCCGAACUGGCGCAUCAAAUACCCUGAAUACACCGCCGACAACUUCCCCGACCUUGGCAAUGACGAGGCAUUUAUGGUUUGGAUGAGAACCGCGGGUCUUCCUACCUUCAGCAAGUUGGCCCGUAGGAAUGAUACUACUGCCAUGCCAGCUGGCCAGUACAGGUUGGACAUUCAAAGCAGUUUCAAUGUCACACAGUAUGGUGGCACCAAAUCAAUUAUGAUCUCCACCAGAACUGUUAUGGGUGGAAAGAACUCAUUUAUGGGGAUUGCCUACGUUGUGGUCGGGGGUAUUUGUGUGGUUAUUGGUGUACUUUUCACCGCCGCAAAUCUGAUCAGACCAAGGAAACUCGGUGAUCACACCUAUCUCACAUGGAACAAUGAACCCUCGACAGGUACUGCGACCGGACAUGAUCAACGUUGAUCUAGAUAAUAGUCCAUACCUUCUUGAUUCUCGAUUCGCCUAUUCCCUUUUACCCGACUUCCAGUUACGCACUCGAUGAGAACUUGUUGGGUGAUUUUUAAUUAUUCUCAGCCAUUCUAGGGGUGUUCGUGCAUAGCUUCGUUUUCCUCGUUGCCCGGAAAAUUCAUCGACGUAUCCUUUCCCGUCUGCUUACAUGAUUUCAGCACUUGGUUUCUUUUGUAUCUUUUUUGUAUUUAUAUAUUAUUGGCUGAGGAUAUUGGUACUGUUGGAUUUCGAUUUGGUACGCGACUUAGACUCUUUUUAUGAGAUACACACAUACUGCAGGUUUAGUCAGAAACAAAAGACUACAUUGACAUUCUUCGCGACCAGCC